AUGGCGAGCUUCGCUUCACAAAUAUCUUUUCCUUUGUUGUUUCUGUUAUUUGCAACAACGUUCAACAGGGUGAUCAGUUGCAAUGAAAAUGAUCAAAGGCUGCUUUUAAUCUUCAAACAGGAAGUGGUUGAUACAGAGAACCAGCUCUCUUCUUGGACUGCUGAAGAAGAUUGUUGUUUAUGGGAGGGAGUUCACUGCGACAACAUCACCGGAAGAGUCACAGAGCUUUCUCUUUCCACCACUUAUGCAUUAGAAGGUGACAUUAAUCUGUGUGUGCUUCAACUUGAAUUCCUCAAUUACUUGGACUUGAGCGGCAAUGACUUCAAAGCUGUGAGUAUGCCACCAUGCCAAAUCUCCAAAUCUCCCUUUGAUGCUCACAAAUUUCACAACCAAUCACUUGGUACUCCUUCCAAUCAUUCAACAAGUUUCUCUGUUGCUCUGCGUUAUCUUAAUUUUUCACAUAAUCUUGAUUUAGUCAUAAAUGACCUUCAUUGGCUUUCUCAACUUUCUUCCUUAAAAUAUCUUGACCUUAGUGAUAGUGAUAUUGGAAAGGAUACCAAAUGGCUCCAGCAUAUAGCCAUGCUUCCUUCACUCUCUGAGUUACACUUGAGAUAUUGUGGAUUCAGAGAUCUUCCUUCCAUUGAUUAUGCCAAUUUUACGUCACUUGAAGUUCUUGUUCUUUCUGAAAAUGUUAACAUGAUGAAGUUGAAAUUACCUAAUUCAUUCUUUAAUAUCACCAAUCACAUCUAUUAUCUUGACCUUUAUGAAUGCAAUUUCUAUGGACCAUUGCCAAAGUCCUUGCUCAAUCUUCAAAAUCUCAAGCAUUUAGAUUUAGGGUAUAAUAAUUUCAAAGGACUAAUUCCACAUUGGUUAGGCCAAUAUGAACAGUUGCAACGCUUGGAUAUCAGAGGUAAUUUUUUUUAUGGUGUAAUUCCAUUAUCUCUAGGAAAUAUUUCUUCCUUGUUCUACUUAGACUUGUCCUACAAUCAAUUGAACGGCAAUCUUCCAGAAACCUUGGGACAACUUCAUAGCUUAAAUCAAUUAGACAUUGGGCACAAUUUCUUGGUUGGUGUACUUACAGAAAAGACUUUUUCAAAUUUCUCAAAUUUGACAUCAUUGGGCUUACAUUCAACGAGUUUUGAAUUUGACAUUGAUCCUAAAUGGGUCCCACCAUUUCAACUCGAGGCAUUGUAUUUGGGUAACACAAGCAUAGGUCCUAAUGUUCCAUCAUGGCUAUAUACACAAAGGUCUUUAACAACUCUAGAUAUUUCUACAUCAGGGAUUUCAAAAAUUGAUGCAGACAUAUUUUGGAGCUUUGUAGUAGGAAUAGAUUAUGUUGAUAUCUCAAACAACUUGAUUAGUGAUGACAUAUCCAACGUCUCACUAUCAGCAAAUAUGUCUUCCUUAGUUGCAUCUCACAACUCCUUGUCAGGAUCUAUUUUCUCGGUAUUGUGCCAACUAGAGAAUAAUGGAGAAAGCAAGUUGUCAGAAUUGGACUUAUCAUAUAAUCAUUUAAGCGGAGCACUUCCUGAUUGUUCGGUCAAUCAGAAACAACUAUUAUUCCUUAUUUUGGGGAGUAAUAAGCUAACAGGUGAAAUAGUGGUCUUUGCUAAAGGAAGAGAAUUGGAUUACAAGGACUUUAUAGGCAUGCAUAGCAUUGAUCUUUCCACUAACAAUUUGUCUGGAGAAAUUCCUAAGGAAUUGUUUAACUUAGUUCAGUUGUGGUCCUUAAAUUUGUCUCAAAACCAUUUGAUUGGGAAGAUUCCCGAGCAAAUUGGUGGCAUGAAAAACUUAGAAUCUCUUGAUCUCAGCUACAACAAGCUUUCUGGAGAAAUUCCUUCAACCAUCUGUAAUUUGUCUUUUCUUGAUUAUUUGAACCUCUCAUACAACAAUUUCACUGGACAAAUCCCAUUGGGAACCCAAAUUCAGAGUUUCGAUCCAUGGAGUUUUGUUGGCAAUGAUCUUUGUGGAGAUCCUCUUCCAAAGAAGUGCUACAAGAAAGAAGCUUCUAAUGACUCAAAGCCAGCUAAACGAAACGAAGAUGAUGAGUUUUUGAAGUCAUUGUAUCUUGGGAUGGGAGUAGGAUUUGCAGCAGGCUUCUGGGCAGUUUGUGGUUCUCUCUUCCUCAUCAGAGCAUGGAGACACAAAUUUUUUCACCUGUUUCAGCUUCUGGUGGAUCGACUUUACGUUAUCGUGGCCCUCAAGUUGAAAAAAGCUUCCGAUGAAUAUUAA